GUUAUUGUUCAACCCAAACAAAUGGACAAAAAGACACACAACACGUCCAACACAAAACCCUCCACCCACCUUUCCCUCCCCCUUUUGCUCUUCUCUUCUCCCCUUUUUUCUCUCGACUACUUCCCAACCUACCUCUAGGGACUGCUGCUACUAGCGGCAGUAACGUUAUUAUCAUUCCUACCGUGAUCCCGGCCUAUCACGAACUACAUAGCUUCCUUCUAUACGUCUUCAUCUUGUCUACUUGCCGAUGCUUUACCCCCCCCCCCCCGGCUCUCCCUUGUCACCUUGUCAUAACAAGGAAUUCUCUCGAUUAGUCGACUAUUUGAAAAUCGCAUCCCUUGUGCGCACUCGGGACGUGACUAUCACCGGCUUGAUCGCCUUCUUCCAAUUCGAUCGGUGCAAGGGGAUCCCUAAGGGGAACUAAAAACAAAGUCAAAUCAAAACUCCUCCAGGCCUAAGCCUCGAGCCCCAAUUCAAGCGGGGCCAGUCAAAUGCGAGGUUCCUAUUCCCCCGCGUCCGAACUACUUUUGAUCCUUGCCAAAAAAAAAAAAAUUCCCCAAAACACUGACGAAGAGAAAAAAAAAAAAAAAAAACCCAAAGAGACUUCCCCACCAACGAAGCAGCAGCCCGUCGCCGCCUGGAAAAUCCUCCGCCCUCUCGUCCACCUCCUCCACUUUAUCCUCCUCCCCUCUCUUCUCUCUUCUCUCUCCGCCACAUUCCCACCCUAAACUCCCCCUCGCUGCGUGCGAGACUCCGAGAGAGAGAGGAAGAGGGUAAACCUUUAUUCCUUUUCUUACCCCCCUCCCUCCCCCUCCCCUCUCUCAGUCGCUCUGCAAUCUCUCUAUGACGCUCAGCAUCUCGAUUGAUCCCCAAGAUCCGCACGGCUCGGAUUCUCUGUCAGACGAGGAGGACUCGUCCGGGGUGCAUGUUAACAGCCAUGACUUUGAGGACUAUGAUAAUGAGACAUCGCACCGUAGCCGCUCGCACCACGGUUCCCGCUCCGCUUCGGGCCGCCCAAACCUGCACCGGCGUAUGGUUCCCGAACGCGAUCCUCGCGAGUCCUAUGGGACUCGCUCCCGCCGACAGCCUUCUCCUCCAGAAUCCCCCGACAGCGGGGAUUCCGAGGAGUAUUCUUAUCCCCGCGCCCCGGCAGAGCGCCGGUGGCCACAGGCGCCACCUGCACCACCGGGGUAUGCUCCAAGCAACUCAUCCGGCCCGACCUUUGGCGCAUUCCCUCCCGGACAUGCCCCUCCUUACCCGCAUCAAAAUGGCCAGAUCCCAUCAGAAGCACUAGUUUCCCUCCGCCAUGCCAACCCCGGGGCUCAGCCGUACGGCGCGGGUCAUUAUCCAUAUGGCGCACAAUUCCCAGCCUCGCACGGAGCUGCCAUGCAUCAGUACUAUCCCCACGAUGGAGUGCACCCCCGUCACCACUCCCGCCUACCGCAACAGUCACGAAUUGACCCGCAUCAUCCCUCUCAACCGCCCGUGCCACCCCACCUGGCGGGGCACGUCUCGCCGCCAUAUCCGGGGUCGCCUUUCCACCAAGAAUUGAUGCAUUAUGCACCCCAAUUCUACAACUACCGAGACCCAUACUCGAUGGUUCCCGGCAUGGUACCACCCUAUUUCCAAUAUCCUCAAGUGCCUCCCCAAUCGCAUCCCCCAGAAGCAGCCGCGUCGCCGGCACCAGCACCAGCACCAACUCCAGCACCAGCGCCAGCGCCAGCGCCCGAACCCGCACCAGCACCAGCACCCGCGGUAGAUGCUGCAAAGGACGAAGCCAUUGCGCGACUGGAGAAACUGAUUAUGGAUGAACGCACGGAGCGCGAGGCCAAGGAAGCCGCGCGCCUCGCUGCGAUCGAGCGCGAGGCCGCCGAGAAGGCGGCGCGAGAGCAGCAACUCGCCCACGACCGCAAGAUUGCCGAGGAAGCGGCUUUCCUGGCGCGGGCCGACGCGGAGAAAAGGGCUGCCGAAGCAGCGGCAGCCGCGAAGGACGAGGCAGAGAAGGUCGCCGCGGCAGCAGCUUCAGAGGCAGCAGCGGCGGCCACUGCAGCGGCCAAUGCAGCGGCCACUGCAGCUGCCGCGGAGGCAGCUAAUGCCGUGGCUGAAGCAGCAAAGAAGCCUCCCCCGGAGAAAAAGAAGCCCAUCAAAUUCAAAGACGCCGUGGGAAGAAAGUUCAGUUUCCCCUUCGAGUUGUGUGCUACCUGGCAGGGGAUGGAAGAUCUGAUCAAGCAGGCAUUUCUUCAUAUCGAAGUGAUUGGACCGCAUGUUGCAGAAGGGCACUAUGAUCUUGUAGGCCCCAAUGGCGACAUUAUUCUUCCGCAGGUAUGGGAGACCGUCGUCGAGCCGGAUUGGACUAUCACCAUGCACAUGUGGCCCAUCCCUGAGAAGCCUAAAGAUGCCGACCCUCCGCCAGCUAAGGAGGAGGCUCCGGCUGCUCCUGCAAAGGCCGAUCCACCUGCGCCAUCUGCAGAGCCUAAAAAGAAACCUGAAGCUCCCAAGAAGCCUGUGCGCAAAGGUGACGCGGGUGGAUUUGCGAAGUGGAUGCUGGGUGGCCGGCCCCCUCCUAAGUCAGCCAAGGCCGUAAAGGCAGACAAGAAGCCCGAUGCCGCCCCUCAGUGAGGUGUAUAUGUUGGAUGACUGGGGUGUGGCCCACUACCCUGGGGCUUCUCCUCUUUCCAUUCCCUUUUUGAUACAAAAUCAUGCUCAUCCCCCACCACCACUUUACGCUGGUUGGAUUGUUGGACCUCUCAUCAUUGAGCCUGAAGUGGGCAAGAGAAAACAGGCAUAAAGCUUUGAGAGAGAAACAUCGGGAGAAAAAGCCUGACCCUCCCAGGACAUGAGGCUGUGCUUGGCCAGCCUACGGCUUCGGCCAUUUGCCUUUCGAGCUACUCGUCUUUAUUUAUUAAGACAUUCAUGAGAACUCGUUCUACGGGGCAUCCUUGGGCCAUGGCUAUCGUUGUUGAAGCCUCUGUGGUCUUCACGAAAGCCUUACGGCUUAAUCACUGCCCUCCAAUGAACCCCAUUACCAUUUAGCUACAUCUAUAACCGAUAUUUGAAUACAAAUGAAAAUUACUUGAUGAACGAGAUCUCGAACAGCGCCUAUUGUUGUCUGUGUGGCUGGAGUAAGGGUAGGCGAAACGUAGAGAAGAUUGCUCACUCAUCGUUGAGGAAGUAGAGGCUUCCACCCAAUAUUCUCUCCUGAAACGUCGUCAAGGAGAUCGCCCGUUUCGGCGCUAGAAACUCCAGAUACUCCACUUACCCCAUCUAAGCUCUGACGGGAACUCGAAAUAUUUUGCCAAGUAGCGCUUCGAGCUGAGCCGGAAGUUGCAGAGGAAAUCCGACCGCCUGUCGCCUGGGAGCUCAAGGAGAUCGGUUUCCUGGGAACAGCAGGCGGCGACUUUUCAGCGGCAGAUUUGUCUGCCACUGGAGAUUGCAUGUUGUUU